GUUUUCAAAAAAGAGUCAGCACAAUUGUCCACCCAACGACAAAAAAACUACAUUCAACGUAGACCACGGAUCUGCAAUAGAAACAUUUUCAAAAUGAAAGGUUACUUCAUCUUCACUGUUUUGUUGAUCCUCACCAUCGGAACCGAACUUGCUUUCGGUGACUGUCUCUCUGGAAGAUAUGGAGGUCCAUGUGCAGUAUGGGACAACGAAACCUGCCGCAGAGUGUGCAAAGAAGAAGGACGAGUCAGUGGCCAUUGCAGCGCUAGCCUGAAGUGUUGGUGUGAGGGGUGUUAGCCUUUUACAAAUAUUUUUUAAUUUGUUAACCCCUAUGUUAUUACGAUGUUAGAUUAGUAAAUAUUAAAAUAUAAUUUUUGUUUAAAAA